AUGGCCAACUCACCAAAGCGUGUGGGGUUCGUUGGGCUUUCUACCAAAGGCUUCUGGUCCACACAUGCUCACCUCCCGUACCUGCAGAAGACACCACGAUACAAAAUCACCGCGAUUCAAAACAGCUCGAAGGAAUCUGCUGAAUUAGCAGUGAAGACGUACUCUGUCGAUGGCGCCGCGACAUACGGCGACGCGGCGUCCCUCGCAAAGGAUGCAAACGUCGAUAUUGUAGCCAUCGGGGUCCCCGUGCCUCUGCACUACGAGCCAGCGUGCCAGGCCAUCGAAGCAGGCAAAGACGUGUUUUCCGAAUGGCCGCUUGCACGAAACCUGGCCGAGGCCGAAGAACUAACGCGCUUGGCCAAGGAAAAGGGCGUAAGGACCAUGGUGGGAUUGCAGGCGCGCCAAAACCCAGCCAUCAUGAAGGCGAGGGAAAUCGUCGUGUCGGGGAAGCUGGGCAGGAUUCUUGGAACGACCCUGUUCGGUCAUUCCAGCGCCUGGGGGCCCGUAAUUCCAGAUAACUUGUCCUACUCGCUGCUAAUAGAGGCCGGCGCCAACACCCUGACCAUACCAUUUGGCCAUACUGUAGACGCACUAUGCUACGUUCUGGACAGCGAGUUGAAAGACAUCUCUGCGACUCUUUCCAACCACUACCCCGAGGUUCAACUUACCGACGCGGACUCGAAGCCGAUCCGCAAGGCCAAGAAGACGGCGUACGACUAUGUCAGCAUUUCCGCGACCCUGGUCAAUGGCGGCGGCAACGUGGAUGUGACCUACGCCCCUGCAUUGUCACGCUCUGGACGCGACCUGCACUGGGAGAUUAUCGGCACAGAGGGCACUCUGGUGCUGGAGGGCCCGAAAAGGGGCGGCCACAUGCAAAUGUUCCAGCCGAAAAUCCGAAUCGCAGUUGGCGAGGAAGAGCUCAAAGAGGUCGAGGUCGAAAAGGCGGCAGAAGGCGACUUCUCGUUUAACGUGGGCAAGGCGUGGGAUGCAUGGGCGGGCAUCGGGCUUGACAAGGGGCAAACCGUCACCACGUGGGAGGACGCGGUCGUCAGGCACAAGAUGAUUGAAGCCAUUUAUCGCAGCGCGGAGAAGGGGACGCGUGAGAACUACGUAUGAUAAGCCUGACGGAUGGCCCCCCUAGUCAGCACACUAGCGCGGGAAAAGAAAUGCAUGUCGGUUGUGGCGCCUCAGCG